AUGAGACCAUCACUUUUGGUACUUGCAGCCAUUGGCGCUCAGGCUUGUCAGCGUGAACGUGCAUUUCACCAUCAUGCCCAUAAGCACGUCAAGCGACAGACGUCGUUUCCCCCGGCAUUGACUCCCCAUGAGGAGAUAUUGCUCAACUCGUUUGACGCCACGUCCAUUUCUGAAUGGUCAUACUACUACACUCAUGGCGCUCAUUUGGCUGGCCAGAACAAGUCAAUGGCACAAUGGACUGCCGACAAGUGGGCCGAGUAUGGAUUUACCUCUCGUUUGGACGAGUACUACGUCUUCUUGAACUAUCCCGUAUCGAACUCAUUGGAGCUCACCUACAAGAAUGGUAGCACAUACACCCCAAGCCUCAAGGAAGCGGUGCUGGAAGAGGAUCCGACUACCAGCUACGCAGACAGUAUUCCCACCUUCCAUGGCUACUCUUUCACUGGCAACGCCUCUGCAGAAUAUGUCUACGUUGGUCGGGGCCAGCAAGUCGAUUUUGAACGUUUGAUAGCGCUUGGCGUCGAGCUGGAAGGCAAGAUUGCGCUGGCCAAGUAUGGUGGACCUUUCCGAGGUCUCAAGGUAAAGAACGCCCAGGAUCAUGGCAUGAUUGGCGCGGUCAUCUUCUCCGACCCUGGUGAUGAUGGUAACAUGACCGAGGCCAAGGGAGUCGCCCCCUACCCUCACGGUGGUGCCAGGAACCCCACAACCGUCCAGCGCGGAUCGGUUCAAUUUCUGAGUACAUACCCAGGAGACCCAACCACGCCUGGUUAUGUGUCCAAGCCAGACUCCCCACGUUCCGAUCGCCGUGAAAUCCUGCCACAGAUUCCCAGUCUACCCAUUUCGUGGAUCGAGGCACAGCCCCUUUUGCAAGCUCUUAAUGGCUUUGGAACUAAUGGCACCGAAGUCAACAGGACCCGCUGGGUUGGUGCGAUUCCAGGCGUCGAUUACUACACCGGAGAAGGAUCCGGCGCGACUCUGUCCAUGUCUAACAUGAUGAAUGACACAUAUGGUACAAUCUGGAAUGCCGUCGGUGUUAUCAACGGUACGAACCAAGAUGAGGUGGUCAUUGUUGGAAACCACAGGGAUGCCUGGAUUGUUGGCGGAGCAGCCGAUCCCAACUCUGGAUCCGCUGUACUUAUUGAGCUUGCCAAGGCAUUUGGUGCCCUCUCCGAAACUGGAUGGAAGCCACUGCGUACCAUUGUGCUCUGCAGUUGGGAUGCCGAGGAGUAUGGUCUUGUCGGGAGCACCGAGUGGAUGGAAGAAUACAUUCCAUGGCUCAAGAAUGCCGCAGUCUCCUACCUGAACAUUGACGUAGCCGUGUCAGGACCGAUCCCCGACGUCUCCGCAACUCCUGACCUUCACGCUAUCGCCACCAGUUUGAUGAAGAAGGUUGUUUACCCCUACCGCAACGAAUCUAGCCUAACCAUGUAUGAUGUCUGGACGCAUGAGUCUGGCAAAGUCGGCGUCCUCGGCAGCGGAAGUGACUACACCGCCUUCCUCCACCGUGGUAUCGCUGCUAUCGACAUGGGAGCCGGUGGGGGUCCAGACGACCCUAUCUACCCUUACCACUCCAACUACGACUCUUACCACUGGAUGUCGACCUUUGGUGACCCGGGCUUCACGACACACAAGGCCAUGGGUCAGUUCCUCACACUUGUGCUUUACCACAUGGUUUCCGAUCCCGUUGUGCCGUUGGAGCCAGCAGACUAUGUCUCUGAGCUCAACACGUAUCUGGAUGCCCUCAAGGAAGAAAUCAGCGCGAGCAACUUUACCGUUGAUCUUGCAAACCUUACUGCUGCGAUUUCGCAGUUUGAGGCGGCUGCUCAAGAAUUUGUCGACCUUCGAGAGCACGCGGUUGCGGCCAACGAAACGGCGCUCAUCACUGUGCAGAACCACAAGGCUCGCGACUUCUCUCGCGGAUUUACCAGCCAGGGCGGUCUGCCUACCCGUGAGUUCUACCAGCACACCAUCUUUGCUCCAGGACGGGACACUGGAUACGCGCCUGUCACCUUCCCUGGUAUUACAGAGAGUAUUACUUUUGACAAGGAUGCGGACUUGGCGCAAGAGUGGGUUCAGAAGACUAGCGCCGCAAUCCUGCUCGCUGCUAGUAUUUUGAAGACAUAGAAGUUGUGCGGUGCAGGGGCCUUUUCCAGAAGGUGAAGGUUCCAUAGUACCCUGGGACGAUGAUUAUGCUCAUGAUGACGACAAAGAUGACAAUGACGACGACGAUAACACGAUG